CCCGCCCCUGGGGGGAAUGAAAAAGACUCGAGUAGAUGCAAAAAAAAAAUUGGUCCCCUUAAAUUGGCUGCUCUCAAUGGACUCUCCUUGUCUCGACUGCCUCUGCCUAAUGAAGGAAAGGAAGUAUCCACCAGAGCGACAAAUGAUGAAAGGUGUAAAAUUCUGGAACAGCGGUUAGAACAGGGAAUGGUAUUCACAGAAUAUGAAAGAAUUCUUAAAAAGUGGCUAGUUGAUGGAGAGUGCUCAAUAGCCCGACUCCCUGAAAACGCAGAAAGAAAUCGAUUCCAGGAUGUCCUUCCCUAUGACGAUGCAAGAGUGGAGCUCGUCCCAACCAAGGAGAACAACACUGGUUACAUCAAUGCAUCACAUAUCAAGGUCUCUGUCAGUGGAAUUGAAUGGGAUUAUAUUGCCACACAGGGACCGUUACAGAAUACCUGUCAGGAUUUUUGGCAGAUGGUAUGGGAACAGGGAAUUGCAAUUAUAGCAAUGGUGACAGCAGAAGAGGAAGGUGGAAGGGAGAAGAGCUUUAGAUAUUGGCCACGACUUGGUUCCAGGCACAACACUGUCACCUAUGGAAGGUUUAAGAUCACAACCCGGUUCCGCACAGACUCUGGCUGCUAUUCCACCACAGGUUUGAAGAUGAAGCACCUUCUCACGGGGCAGGAGAGGACAGUUUGGCAUCUCCAGUACACAGACUGGCCUGAGCAUGGCUGUCCUGAAGACCUCAAGGGAUUUUUAUCAUACCUUGAAAAGAUCCAAUCUGUUCCAUACAAAUAG